AUGAUAAAGCUUACACAGAGGUCAUUUUUAGCCGGGUGGUUUGACUUGGACAAAAAAGUAUUAUUUAUAUCUCCACAUAUUUCAGCCCUUGCAUUAGAAUGUUACGAGUGCAGGGACCAGGACAACAACAAUGACCGGUGCGUGAAAGAACACAAACUGUGUGACCCACACCAAGACGCCUGCAUAACUCAGGUGGAAUGGAAAGUUCCUCCAUACUGGACCCCCCGCGCAGACCGUAUAUUCUACAUUACCAAAGGAUGUGAUACCAGUGAUAGUUGUAAGAAGAUGCAGAGCCAGAUUGCACCGAUGUGCCGCCCAAACGACUACCAAAUGGACUGGCACUGCAUCCAGUGCUGCAAGGGAGACAGGUGUAACUUUGAGGCUACGAUGGGUGCAGGAACUGCAAGAGCCGGCGUUCUCAGCGUAGUUAUUGGCCUAUUUUCACUUCUCAUGCUACGGAUCUUCUAGUGCAUUUUUAUUACAUCAAAACUUAGAAAACUGGAAAAUUGUAUUUACCACACAUGAUGCACCUUACAGUGAUGGAUUCUCGUGUAUAUAUAGUUCAUUAACAGAAUUCAUUGUGGAUUCCCACAUUUGUGCUAAAAAGCAUCAGGAAACACUUAUAUAGCGAUUAGUGGCUUAAAACUGACGGUGCCAUGCGUACGAAUAGCGUAGGAAAAUCCUUGUACAUAGCG